CUUUCAUCACUUUUGACCUCGACGACGACGAUUUCUUCUUCUUGUUACGAGCCUCACCAUCACCAUCCCAUCUACCAUCCCAUCUACCAUCCCACCUGCUUCUCGAGUCAUCCCGGAACCCACAUCAUCCUCAAACAUGUACACGGUUCUGAACUAACAUCCGUUGACUUCAUAAGUAAUCACGCCGGUUAACUCACAACCCUUUGAUCAUCCAACCCCAAUCCCCUCGAGAUGAACGGACAGUCACCUGCCCCAGCCCGGUGGCUGGAGGCACGCGCACCCGAUGGACGUGUAUAUUUUUACAAUUCCGAGACAAAAGAGACAUCAUGGUCUAAGCCUGCGGAACUGAUGACUCCUGUUGAGAGGGCUCUCGCCGCACAGCCAUGGAAGGAAUACUCGACCCCAGAUGGUCGCAAAUACUACUCCAACUCUGAAACAAAGCAAACCGUGUGGGAAAUCCCGGCCCAGUAUCGUGAAGCUCUCGAAGCGGUCUCUACCCCUGCUCCCUCGCAACUCCCUUCUAAGCCUGUACCACAAGGCCCAGCCUUUGUUGCCGGUGGCUCAACCGCCCUUGCUAGCUACUCUGAACACAACCCGUAUGAGUCAAGGUCACGCAACGAGAAUGGAAUUGCGCUGCCUGCACUCACCAAAGAAGUUGUUCCCGACUAUGCAACCUUUGCCGAAGCCGAAGCCGCAUUCAUGAAGUUGUUGCGACGAUCCAAUGUCCAGCCCGAUUGGACUUGGGAACAAACCAUGCGGGCUACCAUCAAGGAUCCGCAAUAUCGCGCUUUGAAAGACCCAAAGGAUCGCAAGGCUGCCUUUGAAAAGUUUGCGGUUGAGGUUCGCCAACAAGAAAGAGAAAAGGCCAAAGAAAGGCUGGCUAAGCUACGCACAGAUUUUGGUAACAUGUUGAGAACCCAUCCCGAAAUCAAACACUAUAGUCGCUGGAAGACCAUCCGUCCAAUCAUCGAAGGAGAGACCGUUUUCCGGUCGACCGACAAUGAAGAUGAGCGUAAGCAGCUUUUUGAGGAAUACAUUGUCGAACUGAAGAAGCAAAACAUUGAGCAGGAAGCCAACUCUCGAAAGACUGCCUUGGACGAUCUUGCUGCCAUCCUCCGCGCACUCGAUUUAGAACCCUACACCCGAUGGUCUCAGGCACAGGAGAUAUUGCAAAACAAUGAAAGGAUUCAAUCAGACGAGAGGUUCAAGCUUCUGAGUAAGUCAGAUGUUUUGACGGCAUUUGAAAACCAUAUCAAGUCCCUUGAAAGAUCAUUCAAUGAUGCACGUCAACAGCAAAAGGCGAUCAAAUCAAGGCGUGAACGCCAAAACCGUGAUGGUUUUGUCGAUUUGCUCCAGUCACUUCGCAGCAAGGGACGCAUCAAGGCUGGGACAAAAUGGAUGUCUAUCCUCCCCGAGAUUGAGACCGACCCAAGGUAUGUUGCAAUGUUGGGUCAAUCGGGUUCAACUCCACUGGAUUUGUUCUGGGAUAUGCUCGAAGAGGAAGAAAGAGCCUUGAGGGGGCGAAGAAACGAUGUAUAUGAUGUUCUUGAGGAUAAACGCUUCGAAGUCACUCCAAAGACUCCCUUUGAGGAUUUCGUUGAUGUCAUGAUGACUGACCGACGAACAGCCAACAUUGAUCGAGAUGCCCUUCAACUUCUUUUCCAACGUCUUCAUGACAAAGUGGUUCGACGCACUGAAGAUGAGAAGCACAAUGCCGAUCGCAACCAGCGCCGUGCCACGGAUGCUCUUCGCUCCAGGAUCAAACAUCUCGAACCUCCAGUCCGUCUCCACGACACCUGGGAAGAUGUCAAACCCCGCGUCGAGAAGCUGGAAGAGUACCGAGCAGUGGAAACCGAAGACCUUCGGAGGUCUGCGUUCGACAAGGUCAUCAAGCGACUCAAAGAAAAGGAAGAAGACUACGAAAGAGACCGAGAGAGAAGACAUGCCCGACGUGGCGAUGACCGAGAUUAUCGCAAUGGGCAUCGCCCCGACACUCGAGGGCGUGGUUCCAAGACGCCUGAAGCCGAUGCCUACGAAGCAGAUCGACGCAAGGCUAUGGCUGCUAGGGAAAAGCAAUAUCGAAAGAGCAAUACGCUGACCUUGAGCCCUCCUCCAACAUCGUAUCGCGACCGCGAGAAACGAGAACGGGAUGAAAGACACGGACGACUGGAUCGAGAUCGUUCACCCCCAUCUAGACACAUGAAUAGCUUCGACCGCGAACGGAGAGAGCGUGAAGAAGAACGUGAGCGCCUCUAUCGAACCCGGGCUGAUCCCCGAAGCAGUCGUGAUGAAUUAAAUUACGGCGAGGAGUCACGAAGCAUGACUGGAAGUGAGCGACGCCGCCGACGAGGUGACGGUAGCGACGGCGAGAGCGUAGAAAGCGGCCGACGAAGCGCAAAACGACAUCGAAGAGAAACCGGAGGCAGCUCGAGGGACAAACAAAAGAGCAAAACUCCGGAGCCAGCGAAAAAGCCAGUCGAGCCGGAAGUCGAUGCGGCGGGGGUACAUUCUGGUAGCGAAGAAGGCGAGAUCGAGGAGGACUGAUGGGCUGGAUGCGAGUGUCGGUCUGCACAAUGGCACGUCCCAGGUCAGUUUUGCUCGCCAGUUCAAUCUUGGUAACAUGACGACUGCUACUCUCACCAGUUCGGAACCAACCAACCCGCACUCAUAUGUGUUGGCGAUGUUUUGCCCAAAUGACUUGCGCUCCUCGGCAAACACGUUGUUUGAUGACUGUCUGACACCAUCAUCUCUUUCGGUAUGUAGUGCUCUACAGCUAUUCUCCUAAUCAUACACCCUACAGUGCGUUAGAGCAGCGUUCAUGCCCUCAUGUGAUUCUUUUGAAAUCAAUAAGAAUUAUUUUUUUCUCCAC